AUGACGGAGGCUCACGGACCACCAAAGGAAAGAGAUAGCGAAGACAUUGCUAUGGGGAGAAAGCUGGGAGCUAAAUGGUGCAGUAUGGCGAAAGUUUGCAACCACGACCGCGUGCCAAUCUGCGGAGUGAGCCACGCUGGAGACAUCGUAGGGUUCAGGGAUCUCUGCGACAUGUUUGACUACAAUUGCAUCAGAAGGAGGAAUGGCAGGCAACCGGCGCCGCCCUGUGUUACACCCAACACCAUAGGAAUUACAAUUGGGCUGCAGGCCUUUUGGGAGUUUCAGAAUUUUGAAACUAUAGGUUGGGCAGAAUUGAAGAAAGCUUGUGAUAAUGCGUGCGAAUGCUUCCACGAUACGGUCAUCGUUUGCGGUAAAUCCGUCAACGAAGCGAGAACAUUCUUAGAUUUGUGCGAUUUAUAUGAAUAUUCCUGCGAACACAAUAUGGUUUUCCGCCACGUGAAAGAUGAAGAAGGCGUAUGUCCAGAUCCAAGAAACUUGCAGAGAGGCAAGUGA